AGAUAAUAUCUGUACAAUUUAUAAAGUAUAUUUUUUAUUUAAUUUUGCAUUAACAUAAAAAAUGCGUUCAUUUGUGUUAAUCAUAUUUAUCGCUGUAAUACUGACUGGAAUUACAUCCGCUCAGAGGUGUAUCAAUGGUAGACAUAUCCAGUGUGGCAGUGCCUGUCCCAUAACCUGCAAUAAUCUUCGUAGUCCUCCGCGCUUUUGUACCAAAAAUUGUGUGUCGGGCUGUCAGUGCGAUCGGGGUCUGGGUUUAAGUGAUGAGAAACAAAAAGUUAAAUUACUAGAGUUUGAGAAAGUAUAA